UCUGCCACGUCGUGGUGCGGUAAAGAUGCUUGCUAGGGCAAAGAAAGCGCUGCGAGCCAAACCCCGCGGCUCCUCGUCCUCCCGUCGCCCUCGAACCCCAGAACGACGUCGACCUCGAAAGGCCGCCAUCCCCUUCCUCGCCGAGCUCAAAUCCAUCUCCGACCCCGCCGCCGCCCUCCGCCACCUCCUCUCCGCCUCCCCCCGCUUCCACGACUACCCGGCCUGCGCCGCCCUCGUCUACCGCCUCGCCCGCGCCCGCCUCUUCUCCCACCUCGACUCCCUCCUCCAUUUCCUCCGAUCCCAACAAAUCACCUGCAAAGAACCCCUCUUCAACUCCCUCAUCCACCAUUUCGGUAGAGCCCGCCUCCCCGACCGAGCCCUCCGCCUCUUCCUAGACCUCCCCUCCUUCAACUGCCCCUCCGCCCCCUCCCUCCAGACCUUCAAUUUCCUUCUCAAUUCCCUCGUCGAUAAUGACCGCCUCGAAGAUGCCCGGGGAUUGCUCGACCGGUGCUCCCACUUCCACGUAUGCCCGAAUACCGUCUCUUACAACAUAAUUCUCAAGGGUAGCUGCUGCGAAAAGGAUGGACUCCAAGAAGCCCGUCGAGUGUUCGACGAAAUGGUCAAGAGAGGGGUGAGACCGUCGGUUGUCACUUACAAUAUACUCAUUGGGUUUCUGACCAGGAAUGGGGACGUGAACAUGGGUUUGAGAUUGAAAGAGGAGAUGAGUGAGAAGGGGAUGCACGCGAAUGCGGUCACCUAUGCAUUGCUCAUGGAAGGAUUGUGCUUGGAGGGGAAGUAUGAUGCUGCGAAGAAGAUGAUGCUCGACAUGGAGUACCAGGGUUGCAAGACUAAGGUCGUGAAUUAUGGGGUUUUGAUGAGCGAUCGCGCAAGGAGAGGAGAUUUCCAAGGAGUAGAAGAGUUGCUCGCCGAGAUGAAGAGGAGGAAGAUCAAACCGGACGUUGCGAUCUAUAACAUUUCGAUCGGCUACUUGUGUGUCGAAGGGAGAGUCGAUGAGGCUUAUAAGGUAUUGGUGGACAUGCAGAUGAAAGGAUGCGAGCCCGGUGCGGCGACGUAUCGGAUGAUGCUUGAUGGGUUUUGUAGGGUGAAGGAGUUCGAGAAGGCGCUGCGAGUUCUAAGCGCGAUGCUGGCGAGCAGGCAUUGCCCGAGGGCGCAGAGCUUCAGGUGCUUGGUAAUGGGGCUCUGCGAGGGUGGGAGGGUGGAGGAUGUUUGUUUUGUUUUGGAGGAGAUGGGGAAGAGGAAGGUGGGGUUGGAUGGGGAAGGAUGGUGUGUUUUGGUUGAGGCUGUCUGUGGGAGGCGUGGGAGUGGGAAAGAGCUUUUAAAUGAGUUAACCUGUGAAAAGUUUGUGCAGAAUUGGGAGGGAGAAGUGUAGGUAUAUAUUUAUAGACUUUGAAUAAUCUUUGAUCUUUUUUGAUUAUUUAGAAGAUCUUUUCUCUAGGAUUAUAUGACUAGCCUAGUAUUAAUUUUGACUGCUUUAUCAAUUUAUGAAUGCCCACAGAGCAUCUGAUGAGAAUGAAUACAUAUAUAGAUUCCUUUCCUCCGCUUCUCCUCCCAACUCCUCUCCUCAGGUCAAUGCUGCCUUCUCUGGCCUCUUGGUAGGCCGCCGGCGACGAUUCCCUUCUCGCCUUGAGCUACCUACCUGUUUUUGGAUCUUUGACAGCAGAACUGCUAUAAAUUUUUUAUCCUACUAGGUUCGGGUUGUAUCUUUUGUACGAAAGAAUGAAUGAUCUUUCUCUUCUCAAA